UAACUAUAUGCUUGAAUUCAAAGUGGAUGCUUUUAAAUAGAUCAAAGCUGGUAUAUUAUUGCAUAUCUUUCCUGUUCAGAAGUUAGAAAAAAAAAAUCAAUUAUUAAUAACUAAAUGAUCACAGAAAAGAAAAGAACCCUGUAUGAAGUUAUGAAGUUUAUUUCUGUCUUACCAAUCUAAUUUUAUAUACUGACAUGUUCACUGUAUAAUUUGCUUCAGUGUAGUGAAAUGAGUUUAUGCUUACUUCCAUCUGGCCAGUCUAUCAUCUCUAAACUGAAAAAUGUAUUUACGGGUUGAUUUAUUCAAUAAUGAGAAGUAAUGGAUGAGUAUGAAACUAGUGAUCUUUGAAAAACUCAGAGGCCAUUAUAUAUCUUUGAGCUACCAUGCUUUCGUGUUUUAUAUUAUUCCUGGCUAAAGCUUCUUACAGAGGUGGUUUUGUAAAUUAUAUUACAGCUGCAAGAGCUUGUAAAUGUUGAAUGCUAUGGUGAUUGGAUACGUGUAGUUGCUGAAUUUACAUCUUUAAAUGUAUUUAAAACAGGAAGCGGUUGAUCUCCAAGUCAUUUCUGUGGUUGAAACUAAACUUGCUUGGAUAGUGCAUAUAGUUGCAGCUAUUGUUAAGACAAAACAACUCAGUGGUUACAGUGGGGAAUCACAAGAAAUCCAUGAUGCAGAACUUUCAGCAUGUGUUCUUCUGUUGAUAAAUAUCACUGAUAGUGGUUUGCAUACUCAGAGAGAUAUGCUUGAAACAAACAAACAGAAGCUUGACGUUGCUAUUCUCAUCUUCUUUCAAAACUUCAAAAAAUCAUAUGUUGGAGACCAAGCAAUUCAUUCAUCUGAGGUUGGUUCACCGAUCCUUUUCAGACGGGCUUUAAUAUUACCUGGCCCUUCAAUAUUUGCCUGACAAGCCUCAUCAGCAGCCCCAGCAGCCUCAUCAGCGACACCAAGUUUAAUCCCUUCGAGGGGCUUUCCUCUAAAACCUUUUCUUCAAAUCCUUCAAUUCUUCAACUAAUGUAGUAAUUACAAUCCAUACUAACUUAACCUCUCUAAACAUGCUGAUUGCUCAUUACUA